CGAAGUGACAUCUUCUUUCUGUUAUAUAGGAGAUUACUAAUUAUACCUUCCUACAAUAACGAGGAUCGUUAAUCAUCAGACUGAUUUCUCACUUCAUAGAUUAAUUUUACAAUAAUCAACCAAAAACCACAAUGGACAAAGUUCGUAGCAAUAUGACAGAGUUUUGGAAGGAGCACUCUAAGGCUGCUACAGUGGAGGAGAUGAUGCUGGAUUCUCGUGCCAAAGAACUGACUCAGCAUGAGCUGCCAGAGAUCCUCUCCAUGCUGCCUCGCCUGGAGGGAUGCAAAGUGCUGGAGCUGGGAGCAGGAAUUGGUCGUUACACCAAGCACCUGCUGACCAAGGCAGCCCAUGUGACUGCUGUGGACUUCAUGGAAAGUUUUAUAGAGAAGAACAGGCAGAAAAAUGGCCACCAUAGCAAUGGUACCUUCCUCCAAGCUGAUGUCACAAAGCUGGAUGUUCCCCAAAACAGCAUUGACUUUAUCUUCUCCAACUGGCUACUGAUGUAUUUGAGUGACGAGGAGCUGAAUUCGGUUAUGCAAAAAAUGCUUACCUGGCUGAAGCCUGGAGGCUUUCUGUUUUUCAGAGAGUCCUGCAACCACCGGUCAGGUGACAGUAAGAGGGAUUUCAACCCCACCUGCUACCGUACUGAGGAACAUUAUAGCCACAUGACUACAACAGUGCAAGUGACGGAGCCAAAGGAGGGCCAAACGUUUGGUUUUGACAUUGUGUUGAAAAGGAGAGUUCAGACCUACGUUGAGAUGAAAAACAAUCCAAAUCAAAUCUGCUGGUUGCUAGAGAAGGUCACUCGCUCCUCGAACAGCCAGAAUGGAUUCAAAACCUUCCAGCAAUUCCUGGACAACCAGCAGUACACCAAACGUGGCAUCCUGCGCUAUGAGAAGAUGUUUGGGGCUGGUUACGUCAGCACAGGAGGGCCUAGCACCACCAAGGAGUUUGUGGACCUGCUGAACCUGAAGCCAGGACAGAAGGUUCUGGAUGUUGGUUGUGGCAUUGGUGGAGGAGACUUCUACAUGGCAAAGGCAUUUGGAGUGGAAGUGCUCGGCUUGGAUCUGUCAGACAACAUGGUGGACAUUGCAAUAGAGAGGGCAAAAGUCGAGAACGUUCCAUCAGUGCGGUUUGAGGUUGCCGAUGCUACAAAAAGGACAUUUCCAGAAGAUUCCUUUGAUGUGAUCUACAGCAGAGACACAAUCCUGCACAUAGAUGAUAAACUAGCCCUCUUCAAACGCUUCCAUUCAUGGUUAAAGCCAGGCGGACAGUUGCUUAUCAGUGACUAUUGCUGUGGGAAGAAGCCCUGGACCCCAGCAUUCGAGGCCUAUGUGAAACAAAGAGGCUAUGUCCUGUAUACCCCUUCAGAGUAUGGCAAGUUCAUUCAGGAGGCUGGUUUCAGCAAAGUUCGAGCCGAAGACCGCACAGCCCAGUUCAUCGAAGUGAUUAAGACAGAGCUGCAGAGAGCAGAGGCCAUUAAAGAUGAAUUCGUUAAGGAAUUUUCUGAAGAGGAUUAUUUUGCAAUAGUGAAUGGAUGGAAAGAAAAACUGGGACGUUCCAACAGUGGAGACCAAAGAUGGGGACUUUUUCAUGCGACAAGAGACUGAGCUGUUGAAGCUCGCCGUGUUAGAGAUAAUAAAAGAAAAAAGAAACAA